AUGGCCUCGAAUACAGGGCCAUCACCAGUGCGAGCCUCGCAGAAGGUUUUUGACCUGCUUUCUCGCCUUCAUGAGCUAUCCAUAAAGCAAGAAGCGGAGAUACAGCCCACGCUUGAAUCCUUCCUCGACUCACGCGAUCGCGACCCAGUCCUUGGCACGGCGGAGCUCAACAGGCUCAUGGUCGACAAGUUCGUUGCACUGGACCGAGACAAGUGUGAGUUCGUGUACCAGCUCAUGCUCGCUACGGGAGCCAGGUAUGUCGUGGAGGCUGGCACCAGCUUUGGGGUCAGCACGAUCUAUCUCGCCUUGGCCGUGGCGGAGAACGACGCGCAGAACGGGAAGGUGAUUGCGACGGAGCUUGAGGCAACGAAGGCCGCAAAGGCACGGCAGCAUUGGAGAGAGGCUGGGGAAGACGUGGAGAGGCACAUUGAGCUGCGGGAGGGCAAUUUGUUGGAGACGCUUAAGGAGAACCUCGAGCAGGUUGACCUGCUGCUGCUUGACAUCUGGACGCCCCUCGCAUUGCCUACUUUGAAGCUAGUGCAAAGCCAUAUGCGGCCAGGCACCGUGAUCGUGGCAGACAACACCAUCUCCGCCGCUGCAGGGUACAAGGAGUUUCUGUCUUACGUUCGUGACCCGAACGGGCCGUUCCGGAACUUGACAGCGCCGUAUACGAAUGGAUUGGAAGUGAUUGUCUAUAGACCAUGA